AAAAGUUGGCUGAGACUCGGUGCGACGCGAAUUAACUCUAAUAUGUUGACUCAGUUCAUAUUUUUGGAUGGGAAUGCUUCAGCGACUGUUGUUUUCGAAUUCAUGAUGUCAAGUGCCAAAAUGGGGUAUGCCUUUGAUUUUGACUGCCCGCAGAGCAUUGAAACUCUCCAAAACGUCCCCAAGACCAAUUUCUUGAAUGAACAUCAUUCUUGGCUGAUUUGGAGUAGUAAAAACAACUUUAUAGACGAGUUCCGGGUCAUUUCAUUGUCUCUGUGUCUCCAAAGUGACGUAAUUUUGGCUUCCUUCGAUUCGGAUUCGAGUGUCACACUUACCGAUGCGUACAUGCCCUCCGAAUCUGCACCGAUCAACUGUACCCAGCUCGGGCAUUGGAGUCUUGAGCGCGGUCUACAGGGUAACUUGAAUGAACCAAAAACAAGAUCUCGUCGAAACUUAUUCGGCCAAACUGUGACCGCAGGGAUAGAGCUUUUGCAGUCCCAAGGAGUGGAAGAAAUGCUUUUAAAUCCAUUUUUUGCCAGAAAUCAGGAUGCAGAAUCACGGCGAACUUUCAAACUGUUCACUCAUGUGGCGGAGCUGUACAAUUUUAAUCUUAAAUUGAGGGUAUUCGAUUCUGUUGGAGUGCCGACUGGUGCAGGAAAUGGAACCUAUGACGGGUUGAUCGGGUCUCUGCAAAGGAAGGAGACGGACCUAGGGUUAGCAAUGCUAAGACGAGAUUUAAAAGAUGUUAAUUCUUUGGGCUACGUCCGUGUGCCCCUGGGAUCAAUGGCUUUGAAAUCUGGUUUUGUGUACUUACACCAUCGACGUCUUCCAUGGUAUAGUCUGGGAAACAUGUACUUCUCAGAGAACAUCUGGGCCGCAACAGGCGCACUCCUCAUUUCAUACAUGCUUGGUUUCAAGUUCCUUGCUAAAUUCGACAGAGAAAAUCUUCAAGAAAUGUCGUCCUUGGUUUUCAUCUCUGCUAUCAUGUCUCAACAAGGAUUUCCAGUGGAAACCAAUUGGGCAUCCAGUCGAUUGUUGGCUCUAAGUUCACUCGUUUUUGGAUUCUUCCUCUACACAUAUUACAACACCGCAGUUUUGAUCCAGAUUCUAUCCGUGCAAACACAUCCAGUUAUGACCCUUGACAUUUUUUUGAGUGAUGACAUUACGGUGGGAGCGGAAAACACGAGCCAAAAUUAUCUCAUAUUCUCGAACUCAUCAGUAGACCCGCACAUUCAAAAGCUGCAGGAAGUGAAAAUGAAUUCUACAGAGACUUUUGUACCGAUCACGGAAGGUUUGAAGCGAGUUCGCGAGGCAAAUUACGCUUACGUCACUGAUUUGCGGAAAUUGUUUGGUGCAGCCGCCGACACUUUCUCAGAUUACGAGUUAUACAGCUUGGUCGCCGUGGAACUUUUUCCCCCAGCCUCGACGCCAAGAUCAAUCGGUGUGCAGAUGGACUCUCCUUAUGAGGAAUUCUUCUCUUUUGGGAGUUCACUGCUCGUAGAGCGAGGAAUCCUUACACGCACGGAUAAGCUGUGGGAUAUCGCCCAACCACGCUGCGAUCGACAAAUCUUCUUACCGGUCAAAUUGGAAGAGGUGCUUUUCGCUUUUGUGCUUCUCAUCGCCGGCAUGAUGUGCUCACUUCUUCUUCUCGCUGUGGAGAAAGGGCUUUUGCAGCUGCCAAGCACUGCAGUCUCAACGAGCUCAAUAACUAGGAGAUUUGGUCACGGAUCGGUUUGGAGUGGUUACAGGCAAUGGUAACAGAGGACAAAUCAAGGAAUUUUUCAAGAAAUAAUGUUGACCAGUUUUUCAAUGAUAAAGGCAUGACAGGAAGUCUGCAGCGUCACAAACGGAGAUCGGUGGUUUUGCACUUUGGCCAUCGAUAUAUGACCUCUUUCCUGGUAGAAGAGCGUAAAAUGCACAAAAGCAAAUUUUGCUGGAGAGGUACUAAACUGAUUUUAUUGCCAAGCAGGAUGAUUAAAGAAAUUCUGGAGUGUCCAAAGGAUGUACUAGCAUCAUUUUAGAAGUACUUAAAUCAUACUUUGUUGGUGGGAAAAUUUGUAGUAGUCUAUUAAGCUAUUUUGAAAUUUUGAACUCACGGUUUUUUCAAGAAAGUAAUAGAAAACUGAGGCUUUUAUUCAGUA